GGGGAUGUGCAGAGGAGGAAGGACAUUAAGCUUACAGACACGAUUUUAUUUGGAGGACAGAGACACUGCCUUUGACGGUGUGAGUGGAUUAUUACACCAACAACAGAUGUUCAGGCAUGGUGCCCAACGUGGAGAAGAUCAUCCAGAGCAUCAGCCUCGGAGACCAGGACGCUGUCCAGCUCUUACUGGGCAACUACAAUACCCAGUACGCAGAGUGCUUCUUUUUCAAUACCGAGGCACAAGAGAGAAAAAAGCAACAACAACUGGAAGAGUUCAGAAAGAACAAAAUAAGAGACUGUGCUUCAAACUCUGAUUCGGACAUUGACUCAGAUGAUGAGAGGCCGAAUCUUCUUCUCAGAGAGGGUCUGGCUGCAGCCCUGCUGGGCUUUGUCGGUGGUCAGUUGCAGCCUGCUGUGCUACGAGCUUGUCUGCAUACUCUGCGAAUCCUCUCCCGUGACCGUAGAGCUCUGGGACCAAUGGUCACUGAUAGCGCCCUACUCACCUUGACACACCUGGGAGGUAUCAAUCUUCGGCAGCCCAGCCAGCAGCAGGACAAAACAAAAAUUCAAGAUCAGUGUGACAGAACACAGACAGAGAUCCAUGGAAAAGAAGCAAGUGGAUGUCAGGGAGCAGUAGAUUCCGAUCAGAGGUGUACAGUUUCUUUUUCAGAGUGUCACUCCUUUAACCGGCGAGGGAACGUAGGGCACCUUGUGCUUGCUCCUGGGAAAAAAGAUGCCUGGGAAGACGACAGUGAGGAAAACGGAAAAGUGGAUGAUGGGGAGGUGUGCAGGAAGGAGGCCAUGAAAGUCUUGUGUAAUAUAAUCUACAACAGUCCCCAGGCCCGGGAAAGAGCCAGCUCACUGAGGCUUCUACAGGGAUUAUGGGAGAGUCUGAAGCAGGGAAUCUGGAGUGGGGCACCACCCACUGGCCAGUUUUACAAACUGAGGCUUCUCUUCUUACUAACAGCCCUGAGACCUGAGCUCAGGCUGCAGCUGCAGCAGGAGCGUGGGGUGUUGGUUCUGACCUCAGCCUUGGAACAGCGCCUGGUCUUGAGAUGGGCCGAUGGAAAUCAGCUGAUCACUGACAACACUUCCUCUCCUGUCUCCAAGGAGGUGUCCCAGGAUGUUAUUGAGAUUCUCAAGACCAUCUUCAACGUUGCUCACAGGUUCUACAGGCAGGAACCUGAUGAGGAGGAAGCUGCUUUAUAUCGCCGCCUGGCAGCUGUCCUACACCACUGUCUGCUGCUGUCUUGUGAUGGAGCAGACACAUUGGAGGAACUACAAGGACAUACAGUAAACAUCCUGUCAGCCUUGCCCCUGACCUGCCUGGAUGUCCUGCUGGCUGUCCCUGUAGGACAAGCGUCUCAUAAGUAUGAAGAUGUCAACAUGGACUGUGUACACGCAUUGCUGCUCUUCAUGAACAGACGACUGAACAGGGGUCAGAAGCUGAAAGAGAAGCUGACUCCUGUUCUAAGUUUAUUGACAGAGAGUUCUCGGGCUCACAGGGAGACACGUCACUACUUAAGGCAAAAGAUCUUACCUCCUUUGAAGGACGUUGCAGUUCGGCCUGAGCAGGACAGUACUCUUAGAGGCCAGCUAGUCCGCCUGAUGACACAUGUUGAUACAGAUGUUAAGGACUGUGCAGCAGAGCUGCUGUUUGUGCUCUGCAAAGAAAAUGUAAGCCGCUUUGUUAAAUACACUGGCUAUGGGAACGCUGCAGGGCUGCUGGCAGCUCGGGGUCUGUUGAACGGCAGGAGGAACUCUGGGGAUGGCCAGUUUGCUUCCCACUACUCCAGCGACUCCGACUCAGACACAGAGGAGUACCGCCAGGCCAGAUCGAAGAUUAACCUGGUGACAGGCAGGGUGGAGGCAGAGCAGCCCGACCCAAUGGAAGGCAUGACAGAAGAAGAGAAGGAGGACGAGGCCUGUCGUCUCAUCUGCAUGAUCAACAGACUAUCACAAGACCAAAUCAUUCAGCCAAUGAGUGUGACAAGAGAUGGGAGACUGGCUCCUCUUUGGGGCCAUAUAAGGAGCUGCAUAGAAGAAAAAGAAGAGGAGGAAGAGGAGUGUGAAGAACAGGGCUUGAGUUCUAUGCCACAGGGAUUGAAAGACAAAACAAUGAAAUAGCAAAAAUAUGUUUCUGCUACACUCAGAAAUGAACAAGCAAGUAUGAGAAUGAACAAGCAAGUAUGGGAGAACUAUUAUCAUUUCUUUAUUGGGGCCCUCUUAUUCUACACUUUGGUCUCUUUAAUAUUUAUUUUUGUUCCGUCACCAUUAAUGCGGCUCAAACCACUGCGUGCAACCCCACAAAAUAUACAUUAAAACGUGCUGCCCAAUCUUGAGAAGGGAGUUAUUACUUCUGUUGCCAUUUAAACAUGGCAGCAAUAUGGCUUUGAAUUACAAUGGAAAAGAAUGCACCCUACAAAAUAAAAGCCCUCAUAUUUUACGCAGCAGGUAAUUACUACUUUGCUGCAACCACUGUUACAUAUGGGAUUGGUGUAGCUUUUUAAAACGAAGCUUACUAAAAAUUUCAAAAUAAAAGCCUCUUUGCUCUUGACUACAUUUUAAGUUGAGAGAACUGUUCAAUGAGAUAUUGGCUUAGGACCAAGACUCCAUGAUUCUAAUGGUAGGGUAAUAUGCUAGUACUUUGCUAGUGAAACCACAUUUAAGUUACCAUUACUAUUUUAGCUAGGUCUUAUGUAAAAGCUACGCUUUAUAUAAGACAAAACAAUGAAUUAAGUACGUUGAUGUUACUCAACAUGCUGAUGAUAAUACAUACAUCCAACUAGUGUCUACAUGCUAGUUGCUCAACAUGCACAAUAAUAAUGCUCAUGCUAACAUUAGUCCUAUAGCUAAAAUAAGCAUUUUAGAUGAUUUUGAAAACGUUUUACAUAUGUUUAUCAUAAUGAAUGUAGUAAGUCAAUGUAAGUCUACAUACAAGUGAUGCCCCACGUGCUACUGACAGCAGUUAAGCUAACCUUAUAAUUUAACCUAAUUUUAUCUCCUAAACUAAUGUUUGCACACUGACUAGAGUAAUUUAAUAUUAAACAUGCUAUUAGUAACCCUCAUCCUACUGGUAGGAUCAACAUGCUAGUCAGUCAUUAUGCUCGUCUAUCAUGCUAAAAUUAGCUUGAUAGAAAAUAAACAUUUUACCUGUUUUUUUCAUUUAUGUUUAGCAUAUUGAAUGUAGUAAGUCCAUGUAUGUCAGCAUAUUGUUAAUAUCACACAUUCUAACGACAGAAUCUAUGGUAAAAUUCUAACAAAUUUUAGCUUAUACACUCAUGUUUUGCAUACUGAAUGGAGUAAUUUUAUGUUAGUCAAUAUGCUAGUGAUAACCCUCAUCCUACUGGUAGUACCAAAGUCAUUUGAUAUGCUAGUAACUCUCAUGCUAACAUUAUCCUUGAACCUAAACUAAGCAUUUUAGCUAAUAUUUGAUUUAUUAGCUAUGUUUUUCCAGUCAAUGUAAAUUAAAAUCCUGUUACCACAUGUGCUACUGAUAGCAUUUAAGCUAAUUUUAGUAUAUACACCAAUAUUGUCAUACAGAACAGAGUAAGUCCAUGUUACUCAACAUAAUAAUGAUACUCCACAAGCUAUUGACUACAUUUUAGUUCACAUUAGCAUUGUUGCUCAUUUUCAGCAUCAGAACACUGGGUUUAACUGACACACACUCUUUGGCAGAUCCCUUUUAAAUUUCUUCAGAAAUGUUCCAGUUUCAGGAUAUUAUACUGCAGCAUGCUGUUUGCUUCAUCCUAUUUUAAGAUUUUUAUUCAUAGACUUAAAUCGGAGUGAUCAUUCUGCUGAUGCAUCUACAGCAACUCAGAUGUGUCAAUUAUGUCAGAAGGAAAGAAAAAUUAAACAUGUAAAAAUGACUAUUUUCAACUGAAUUCAUAUUUUCUAUUUGCAUUCAAACUGUUAAGUUCUUUAGGAAUGCCAUGUGUUCAUCUGAGCUGUUUACACAUUGUAAAUUAUAUAUGAUGUUUUCCACAGCAAGGGUAAGGAAAUGAAGUUCCUUUAAAUUGUUUUCUGUAUUAGUCAUGUUUUUUAAUUGCUACUUUGUAGAAUAUAAUUCUUGUCCACUCAUUGUUUAGCAAUGCUCUUGGAGAAUAUUCAAUGUAAGAAAGUGAGAAAAUGUGUCCAAAACUUGUAACCAUUACUGUAUCCUGUCUUGUUAUGUGAAUAUUAUGAAUUUGAACUCUUAAACUCCCAUAUAGUGACCAAUAUGUGAAAACAUAGAAGGUUUGAUCAAAACUAGUAAUACUUUUUCUUCCCAUGACCUGUCUAUCCUCUUCCAACCUAUACUCCAUCUGUUUCACUUUCUGUCAAGAUUAUCUCUAAUGUGGGCCAACCGCCCAGAUUUUAUUUAUUUAUUCCUCCCUGGUGGUUUCACGCCAGAAUCCUCCCCAGUUACUCACCUUCUGGAUCCUUUUCUCAGCUUGCCUCUCUCCUGUUCCUCUGGGUGUGUGUUCCUGUUUUCCCCUCACUGAGAGAAUCCUUCCAGAUCAAGACGAUUACAUUGUUCUUAGAAAUAAACUCUUUAAAAUGUACUGUUGUCCACCUGAGCAAAUUGUGCAUGUGGGUCAGAAGUCUACCUAGAACCACAACUCUGCCAUAUGUGGAAAACAUUAAGUCACAAGAAAGAGAGAAAGUCUCAAAUAAUUUUUCUAGAAAAAACAGACAUGACAAAAGUACAGCAAACUUCAAUAACAGAAACAGAAGCUAUCAUUUAGGUUUGGGCAUUUAUUGUAUUAUCAUUUAUCACAAUAAAUUUCAUAUCAGAAUAAGAAUUUGAUUUAUUGUGAUAAAAUUUAUUUUGUGAUGAUAAAUUUCAACUAGUAAUGUUUUAAAUCCCCCUCAAACUGCCGUUGUUGUCGGGAUUGAUAGUUUUACUAUUGUCUGCACUGUCUGUACAAUGAAAGCACCAAUAAAUACUAAAUUUGAAACAGAAAA